AUGUUGCCAGUGGUGGUGACUCUAGAGCCGCUGGUGGGAGCGGAGACGUACGUCAAUGGGAAGCAGAUCGAGGACGCCGUCGUCCUCAAACAAGGUCACCGCAUCGUGAUGGGGAAGAACCACGUGUUCCGGUUCAACCACCCGGAGCAGGCUCGGCUGGAGAGGGAGCGCAGCGCCACCGCCGACCAGCAGGGGGAGCCGGAGGACUGGAACUACGCCCAGAAGGAGCUGCUGGAGAAACAGGGCAUCGACAUCAAGCUGGAGAUGGAGAAGAGACUGCAGGACAUGGAGGUUCAGUACCGUAGAGAGAAGGAGGAGGCUGAUCUGCUGCUGGAGCAACACAGACUGUAUGCAGACAGUGACAGUGGAGACGACUCAGACAAACGGUCCUGUGAGGAGAGCUGGAGGCUGAUCUCCUCUCUGAGGGAGAAGCUACCUGCUAACAAGGUCCAGUCCAUAGUGAAGCGGUGUGGUCUCCCCAGCAGUGGGAAGAGGAGGGAGCCUCUCCGGGUCUACCAGAUCCCUCAGAGGAGGAGGAUCAGCAAAGACCCAAAACGGGUCACCAUGGAGGACCUCCGCAUGCAGGCGGUCAAGGAGAUCUGCUACGAGGUGGCUCUGGGAGACUUCCGUCACUCCCGUCAGGAGAUAGAAGCUCUGUCCAUCGUGAAGAUGAAGGAGCUGAGCCGCAUGUAUGUAAAGAAGGACCCCAACGAGAGAGAGAGCUGGAGGUUGGUGUCCCAGGACGUGUGUGACACGGUGGGCAUCGGGGAGGAGAGGAGCCCCCCCACGGAGGAGGGGGGGGGAGGGGGAGAGACGGGGGAGGGAGGAGGAGAGAAGGCGUACGACCUGAAGGCUCACAUCGAUAAAUUGACCGACAUUCUGGAGGAAGUGAAGCUGCAGAACAACAUGAAGGACGAGGAGAUCAAAGCUCUGAGAGACCGGAUGAUCAAGAUGGAGAGCAUCAUACCUGUCCAGGGCGACGAGGACGAGGAGGCGAACGUUGAAGAAGAAGAAGAAGAAGAAGAGGGCGGGUCUCCUCAGAGGGGCGAGGCCGGCGACGCCCCCCCACAACGCCGCCAGCCGGAGGUCCAGGUGAAGCAGCUGAUGGACGAGGACCCGGCCUUCAGGAGAGGGCGCCUCCGCUGGCUGAAGCAGGAACAGCAGCGGCUCCUGAACCUUCAGCAGCAGAACAUCACCAAGAAACUACGAGGACAGAACCAGACCCAGGGUCAGAACUCCCCCGUUGUCCCCGUUCACCUCCCCGGGACCGGCCGCUUCAUCCCCCCCCAGGAGUGCAAGCUCAAGUUUCCCUUCAAGAGUAACCCCGCCCACCGGUUGUCAUGGGGACCGGCCAGCGCCGCCCUGCAGGCUCUGGGUCUGGGGGAGGGAGGGGUAGACUGGGGGGAGGAGGAGGGAGGAGGAGGAGGAGGAGGAGGAGGAGGAGGAGGAGGAGGAGGCGGUAAAAGCUCCCCAUCGCCCCCUCCCCCUCAGGGUCCCCCUCUCUUGCCCCUCCCCUUCCUGGCUCCGCCCCCUCGCAUGCGCACCCCGAGCCCUCAUCGCGCCUGGCAGCAACGCAACCAGGGCGGCUUCUACUACCAGGGCGGCAACCAGAACCAGCAACGGCGCCACCGCCGCAACUCUCUGGACAGCUCCGCCCACAGCAACGGUAGCUAUGACCACGACCAGCAUCAUCAGGGAGGCGGCGGUGGUCACCAGGGACGACCGAGACAGAGGAGGGGGGCAUCGCCCGGACCCGGUGGUGAGAGAGGAGGAGGGGGAGGGGGGGGGAGGGGCAGAGAUGGAGGCUUCUAUUACAAUCCUCACCAGCAACACCCGUUCCAGCACCACCCCUACUACAGCCCCCACAAUGCACCAUUCCAGCCGGGACCUUACCCCAACUACCACAGCCUGCCGCGCUCCGGGGUCCCGCCCCCUCUCGCCGACAUGCUGCUGCUGGGGGCGGGGCCGCCACCACCACCGCCGCCUGGUGGGUGGGGCUUCACCACCCCCCCCAGGAUGAGACGGCAGUUCAGUGCACCGGACCUCAAACACAACAAGGAGACACCCAUCUGA